UCCUCCCUCCCCCCUCCGCCAGAUUGCUGGCCCGGCCGAGCGCCCAGGGAGGGCCUGAGGGGCGGGGGAACCAGGGGGCCCCGCGUCCCUCCUCCCAGCGGCGGGGCUCCCUAUAGCGGCCGGCGGCCCCGCGCCCGCCUGAUCCCGCCGCUCCGGCCCGGCGCCCCGGAGCUGUGCGGGUGAGCGGCGGCGGGAGGCGCCAUGGCCGACAAGGCGAGGGCGGCGCUCUGUGAGGCGGGCUGGUAUCUUUCAGAUGAAGGAAUUGAAGCUUGCAUAAGUUCCUCUGAAAAAGUUAAUACAAAUGACAUUAUCCUAGUUGCCCUUAAUAUUUAAGAACGAUUGGCAAGAAAUUCCUCCCUAGUGACAUCAAUGGUGGAAAGGUGGAAAAGCUGGAAGGGCCAUGUGUUCUGCAAAUACAGAAAAUACGUAAUGUUGCUGCACCAAAGGAUAAUGAAGAAUCUCAGGCUGCUCCCAGAAUGUUACGUUUACAGAUGACCGAUGGACACACAAGCUGCACAGCUAUAGAAUACAGUAGCAUGUCAAAAAUAAGCCUGAACACUCCACCUGGAACAAAAAUUAAGCUUUCAGGAAUUGUUGAAGUGAGAAAUGGAUUCUUGCUGUUGGAUGACAGUAACACAGCAGUUCUUGGAGGUGAAGUGGAGCAUCUUAUAGAAAAGUGGGAAUUACAAAGGAGUUUAGCAAAACACAAUAGGAGUAACAUCGGAACAGAAGGUGGCCCUCCCCCUUUUGUACCUUUUGGGCAGAAAUGUUCAUCUCAUGCGCAAGUGGACAGCAGAGACCUUGAUCGCAGAAAGACUCUGCAAAUGACAAAUGCUGUGAAAACUGUUGUGGACAAUGAUGAAUUUGAGAAGCAGAGAACAGCUGCUAUUGCAGAAGUAGCAAAGAGCAAGGAGACCAAGACAUUUGGAGGAGGUGGUGGUAGUAGCAGAAGUAAUCUCAGCGUGAGUGCUGGAGGGAAUCGAAACAGGGAACUGUUCCAGAAAGAGAAGAUAACAAAACCUGAGGGAAAGAAUGAAGGUGUCUACCGAGAACUGGUUGAUGAAAAGGCUCUAAAACACAUAACAGAGAUGGGUUUCAGCAAAGAAGCAGCAAGACAGGCACUUAUGGAUAACAGUAAUAGCCUAGAGGCGGCAUUAAAUUUUCUUCUGAACAACAAUAAACAGAAACCCAUUCAGGGGCCACCACCUAGAGGUAAAGGGAAGGGCCGAGGCCGAAUUAGACCUGAAGAUGAAGAAGAGCUAGGAAAUGCCAGGCCAUCUGCACCAAGCACACUGUUUGAUUUCUUGGAAUCCAAAAUGGGUACUCUAACAGUAGAGGAACCAAAAUUGCCAUUUCAGCCACCACAUCAAGUACAGCAUAAAGUUAUGAAUACAGAACAGAAUGGCAUCAAAGAGAAUCAUUCAAGACACAUUUCUCGCAAUGACAUGAGACAACCAAGGAAUGAGAAGCCCCCUCGUUUUCAAAGGGAUAUUCAAAAUUCAAGGCAGGCUUUGGAAAGUGGUGGGUUACCAAGAAACAGAGGUCCCGAAAGGCACAGCUCUUUAGAACAUUGGACAGAUGAAAAAAAUAAAAGUGACAGACAUUAUCCUAGAAAUGAUAGGCCAAAGGAUUUGGGUUAUCCCAUAGCCACUCACCAGAGUGAUAUUACUUUCAAAAAAAGGGAUAACAAUAUGCAAAACAGAGUAGGAAAAGGGGUGUCGUUCACAGAAUUCAAGGAGAACUCUGUUGCUCAAGAUACUACAGACAACAAUAACCAGAAACGUGGGAAAAGGGAAAACCAAAUACACAAUUCAGAAAAUUUUUGUGAUAGGAAAGCACGAACAAUAAGUAGUGAAGCCUUUAUGGUAAGAAGUGAGCAACAUUUUGGUGUUAAUAAUGAUUACCAAAAUCCUGGUAGAACUGAUAAUUUUAAUGCUGUACCAAAUGGAGAUACUGAGCAUCAUCAGAAAGGUAGACGAGUAGGACCUAUCAAGUCAUCAGGACCCACUAUGAUCCCAUCUUUUGAUGAUAAAAUGUUGUAUUACAACACCGGUCCCAAAAGGAGAUCUGGGCCCAUCAAACCAGAGAAAAUAUUAGAACCAUCGAUUCAUGUGGAGUAUGGGAAAAGUUGGAGACCAGGGGAUGAAUGUUUGGCUCUUUAUUGGGAAGACAACAAGUUCUACCGGGCAGAAAUUGAAGCUCUCCAUUCUUCUGGGACAACUGCAGUUGUUAAAUUCUGUGAUUAUGGAAAUUAUGAAGAGGUGCUUCUCAGCAACAUCAGGCCUGUUCAUGCAGACACAUGGGAGGAUGAAGAGGAAACGUAUGAGCAAACUCUAGAAUUCCGCAGAGGAGGUGAUGGUCAGCCAAGACGGUCCACACGACCUACUCAACAAUUUUAUCAACCUCCAAGAGCUAGAAACUGAUUAAUAAGAAAUAAAAGAAACCUUCUUGGGGUGAGGGGAAAUUCACUGGCAGCUCCAACUUGCUGAAGACUUCUAGAAGAAAGUCGGGCUUUUUCCAACCAACAGGAUAGAACAAAGAAAGCUCAUGUGAGCAGAAGGAAUUUGGACCUGACAACACAAGAGACUUUUUUAAAGUUCUUAGUUAUAUGAAGCUGAAUACUUUUUACAUAUGAAAGAGGCAAAUUGUCAUUGCUGCCAUCAAUAAAACCACAGUGCACUAUUCUAUUCUUUGCCUUGUAUUCUUUUUACUGAGCCUUCAUUGUUAGUUACAUAAUACUAAUGUAUCAUGAUUUUUAUUCAUUUUGAAUUGAUUUUGGUUCUAAUAUUGUUUCUAGUUAAAUAAAAUUAAAACUUAUAUUUUCUCAAAAGUAGACAGGAUUGGGCCUUUAAUUUAUAUUUCAGUAGCAUUAGUGAACCAUGUUAAAAAUUUACAGCUAAUUAUUGUACAGAGAAAUUCUGAAUAGGUUUUGACUCUUUUCUGUGUUUAUUUUCUAAAGUUGCUGAAGGCCAAAUAACAAAUUUGCCUAUUAUGUUCUUCAUGAUCUGUGACUAAAAGGUCAAAGGGGAGGAAGAAAAAGUCAUGAAUUUCAAUAGUAAUUUUCUAAAUAAUUUUAGGUAAAUAUUUUCUUUUUAGGAAUAUUUAUAUUACAGAAAUAGAAACAUUUCUAGAAAGUACAGCAAAGUAGUUUAAACAAGAAAUACCAAAUGAUGCAUAGGAGUAUUUUAAACGUAACUAUAUGUAUACGUGCUCACAUGUGCAACCUGUUGAAUAACAGGUUCUUUCUUGUAGCUUGAAACUCUGCUUUUAUUGAUUCAUAUUGUUAGAUUUUUUCAAUUAUCAUUGGUGCUUGAAAGAAUCUUUGUCAAACUACUUAUUCUAAGCUGUAUCUUUGAAUCUUAUGUGAUUAUGACAAAUAUCUGAAAUUUCCCUAUUUCUUUUAACUCAGAAACACUCAAGAUCUUUGUACCAUGCAAAUCUCUUCUAAGCUUUAUUCUGAUCAUUUAAGUAACAUUGAAAUAGCACGUAUGUUUAGAGGUAGUUCUGUAAAGACAGAAUUUUACCCGAGAUAUAUAUUAAUGGUAUUAAGUUGCACAAUUCUACUGAAUUUGUCUCUGAGGGCUCAUACAAUACUCUGUUUGGAUAGAACCUGGUUUAUUUUAUAAUGAAGAUGUAAUUGAAUGUAUUUGCAGUACAUAAUGUGUAUUACUGUACGAAUGCAGUCAAAUCUUACAGUCACAAAUAUUUGCAGAAUAGUAAGGAACCAAAUGUUUUGCUCCCGUAAUGGAUCCUAAGCAGCUUGUUAAGAAUUAUAAUGCAACCCACUAAUAAUUCUGAAAUUUGGAAGCUUAAAACAUGAGCUGCACAAUGUUGAAGCUCUUCACUAUCAAGUGACACACAUCAAAUUCUAUGAAGUUUGUUAGAUUUCAGUUAGAAAUCACUUUCUAAAUAACAAAUCAUCCUGGUCAGUUCUGCUAAAUUGUACCAGCAAAUAAAUAAAUUGUAGAUCUAAUACAUUGGAUGUUGGAUACUUUACUUCCAGAACUAUUGCGAAAACUACUGAGGGCAGCUAUUCAGCUUCAGAAAGCAGUGCGCAGCCAUGGCAUUUUCUUAAGAAUCAGUUUUGAUUUUUGUUUACACAUAGACUGUGCAUUAAAUGAACCCUAUAGUCAGUGUACCAAAGUAAUUUCUGAAAUUAAAGUAACUUUUAUGUUCUUUUAAGCUUUCAUUCUUGUUGUGAACUAAUCUUAAAAUUCAGAAAAGUGCCAUCUGAUUUAGUGAACUGUAAAAAAAAAUGCCUACUUAUAAAAAUUCUGAGAUUAUGGAAAUAGAGUGCAGCAUUCCUCUAUAGUGGUUAUGGUAUUCUGAAAUUACCACAUGUUUGUACAGCUGUCUGUAGACAAAUGAAAUAUAUUUGAGAAUGUUGGUUUUGUUUGUAAAACAGUGAAGACCAUGUCCUGGUCUUUUCACUGGUGCUGAGGAACUGGAAAGCCAAAGUAAGCAAACAUGUGGAGAGUCUUCUUGAAAAGACAUGUUGUCUUUGUGUGUUUUAUGAUUCUUUUCUGGUUUGGUUUUGAUUGAAAAAAUACUUCUUUUGAAAGCUCUGCCUGUUUAGGAUGUGAAGAACCAGUGAUUGAGUAGAUAAAAACCAUUUGUGUCAACCUGUUCUGAAAAGCAAGAAUUCAUAUAUUUAUGCUCAUUGAUUUCUAUAUCUGGAAGCAACAUGAUGAUAAACUAUAUAUAUAUAUUUAAAUUAUUUUACUGAUUUGCAUAAUCCAUCAAUACCACAAUUAUAAUUAUUUGUGAGUUAUAAUAUAGUAAAGUUUACAUACACAAGAACAACAUUAUUUACCUUUUAUGUUCAGAAAAUGUUACCAUGACUAGGUAGGUCUUUGAUAUGAAAGCUAACUUCUGAUUUGUCAAAACCAACAGCAAAAGCAAGCUCCUGAACUUUGUAGGGCAACAUCAGUGUAGUUAAACAAAAAAGGCUGAUAAGGAGCACUGGAUCCUGAUCAUCCACACUAUUUAUUUGCUAGCUUGAUUUUUGACUCUGUUCCGGAGUGUUCUUCACCAGCUGUUUCAAAGACAAACAUGUCACAAGGAAAUUUUGCUCUUUGCAAGCUGGACAUGAGCCAGUUGGACCUGUCAAUCAGUAGAUCCCUGGUCUGUGGCCUAGUAGGGUUAUAGAUGCAGCUUAUGAGAAUUUCUGUCUUGAAUUUAGAAAUUCAAUUCUAAGGAGAUGUUUUCCUUGCCAUGGACUUGUAUAUAACAUUUUUACCUAAAGGAAAUAAAUAAUAGUAAAAAAAAAAAAAGCUGGAAUUUCUGAUUUAAAUUAUUCUAAAAGUUAUGUGCCAAAUUGGCAAUCCUGUCACUGAAUAUAUUCUUUUUCCUUAAUAUUGUUAAGAUAUAAAAUCAUUUUGAAACAAACAGUGGAAAUGUUCUGGUUUUACCUUGCAUGUUUCCAGAGUUUUAUAAAAAAUCUGAUUGAAGUUGUUAUGGUUUUAUUUAAAAUUCUUCCUUGGACUAACACCAUCUUAUAGAUAUUCACAUAUUUUAUAUAUAUACUAAUAUAACUUUUCCUUUUGUCACUAACAGGUGUUAAUAAGUCUUUGGCAACAACUGUACAAAGCAUUUUGAGGAUCACUUGUCAAGGUCACUCUACCAAGAAAUACUGCUGGAAUUGUCUCUGCGGAAUCUCUCUGUAAUGACUUGAGCCUUAUGCAGAUAAAACUUGUGGAAAAUGUGGCCUUCCAAGGCAAUAUUAACAACUCAUAUUGUCAUUGAUUGGUGAAUGGUUGAUAUCACAGGAAGGACAAAUCUUAUCCAUGAGAUGCACUUGGCAUUAGAUACAGAAUGAGCAAAAGCUUAAUGGAAGAUAAAGAUUUAGUCUGAGCUAAAUCUGAAGAGAUCUUUGCAAGAGAAGUCUCAAACAGCAAAACUAGCUAAUGAAGGUUGUUCCCAUGUUAGCCAUGUAGCUGAAAGAAUCUGGCAGUGUAGAGUAAGCAGUCCCUUUCCAGCAUUAUGGUUGGAGGAGAUUUCAUACAGAAAAGUCUCCAGUGUUUUUGUGCAUACACAAGAAUGUAUUGCUCAGAAUAAUUGUCUAUAGAUGCUUUCUUGAAGAAGAAUCCUAGUUUGACUGUCCUUUGAUCACAUAACUUGAUCUAACUCCAGGAAAAUCGUAACUUUCUUGAAAACUGUAUAAGCCUCGAGAAUGGCUAAUUGCACAAUUCAGCUAACUCAGUUUAGGUUUCUACUUACUGUACGACUGUUGAGGUGUUCUCUUGUUUUUUGGUUUUGCCGGUUUUUUUGUUUUGUUUUUUUUUUUCUUUCUGAAAUGUUACAGAGCAACCAUUGCAGGAGAGCAGCUAGCUGCUCUCAGGAGAGCAGCUAAUAUCAGCACACCUGAUAUUAAACUAUGGAAGGUACUCCAAACAUGUAGUCACUGACCUUCCUAUAGCGUGACAUGCAUAUGAAAAGCUUUGUGUAUUUGUGGUAUUCUUCAAAGCAAUUGUAGAGACUCAUCAUUACUUUUUUUGUUUUUCUGAUAUUCAUCUCAUGUCAAUUCCUUAUGUUGGCCUGUUCUGGCUUUAAAUUACUGUUUUGUUUUGAGAAUGGUUCCAAAUAAUUUAAAAAGUAAAACGAUUGCAUCAAUACUUAAUUUUCCCCACAAGAUUGAGACACCAUAAAAAGUCAGUUUCCAUACAAACACAUGGGCUGUUGAUGGACAUAAUUAUAAUCUGGAAAUCAUGGUGGUAUGAAUGAAACCAGGAUCUAGUAUACAUUAAAAAUAAAUCUUACAUGAGUUCAACUGUGGGAAGGCAAAUGAUUAAUUGUAUAAUAGCAACAGAGAACUAUAGAUGGCAUGAAAAAGAAUUCUGCAGCUGCUUCUAAGGAAAAUGUUUGCAGUCAUAUUAUAGUGCCUUGUAAUAUGUCAUGUAACUUGAAUAAUCUAUUUCUAUCUUAGAAAAGAUGCAUAGGUAAGUAUUGUGCAGAAGAUACUCAUGUCAUUUUCAGGCAGUUUAGUAUGUCAUGGGAGCUUGGAUGCUUUGCUUUGAUUUUAUACCAUAUAUUUGUAAACUGCGAAGGCUAAGGAACAUAAUAUUUUGGAUUUGUUUUAUAGUCAAAACAGUCUUAACCCAAUUAUAUUUUGUUACAUUGUUAUGCCUUUGCUAAAAUAGUUGUAAUCUUACAUGCUUGGGCACAGACUUAAGUCUCAACCAUCCCUUUUGUCCUGAUUAUUCUGUAGCUAUUUAGCAAAGGAACUUGGUUUGUUUACAAUAAUAAUAAAGUAAAAAGCAGAAUAAAUAAGGAAUGCUGUAUCAUUUUGAUAUGCCACAAAUAGUGGGGGUUUUGUACUGGGGGACUAGCAUAGCAUAUACAAAGUCAGUGUUCCAUGUGCUAUUUGAGUAAGUAAAAUAGCUUUCUUCAAAA